CUGCGUGUGUGCGUGCGAGACACCGAGAGGCAGCCAAGAUGAAAGUGUGAAGCAGUGAGAGGGAAAACCUAGAAAAAACAGCAAAGGCGAUCAGAAAGGGAGGGGAGAGGAAGAGUCAGCGAGCACAGCAGGAAAGGCAGAGCAGAAGAAAAGACAGAAAAGAGCAAAGGGAGAUAAUGUGAAUGUUACAUCUUUAAUAACGCCCAUACCAAAGCCAGGAGAUGUAAUGGAUAGAUGACCAUCCUCUACAAACACACCAGCAUUCUGUCCUGGAGCCUUGACAGGAGGGGACAAGACAAAUUCAACACCUUCAAAGGCUUUUAAAGGCUCUUCAACCAGUCCCACACCAUCGAACCAUGUCGUCUGCUGGGUCAACUAACCUCAAAAAACGUCAGGCAUCUGAGACAGACAAGACUCAGAAGCUGUUAAACAAUGACUCUGCUCAACACCUAAAACUAAAAGAGAGACGGCGCUUUUUUGAAGAAGUCUACCAGCAUGACAUGGAUAAUGACUUACCUACUGCCCAACUGCAGAUUGACCAUAGGAAGCCCCCCAUGGGUAGUAUCUCUUCGAUGGAGGUGAAUGUGGACACCCUUGAGCAGAUGGACCUGAUGGAUGUAUCGGAUCAUGAAGCCCUUGAUGUGUUCCUCAACUCAGGCUCAGAAGCAGAUGAGGGAGCUCUGGCGUCUCCACUUCCAGAGGGUGAUGAAGACGAUGAAGAUGCCGAGGUUGUCUACAGGGAGUGUGCAUCUCUGAAACGACAAAAUGAGCCGUUCCGUAGCUCGCAGUCUCGCAUUUCGUCUACAUCGUCUGCUUCCAGUGAUAGCAGCGCGAGUGGCGUGGACACACCUGUGAUCCAGUCGGAUGAUGAAGAAGUCCAUGCAGACACUCUGCUGCUGACCUCUGCGCCCCAAACUAGGGAUGAAGAAUCAGACGACGAAGAAGCUGAGGAAAGAUACCAUCCGACUAAUCAUGAUGAAGCCUAA